UCCAUGCAUCGGCGACAAUUCCAUACCACAUCGGAGCAGUAAUAGAAUACGUCUGCGUUCUACUGGCCCUGCUUCCGAUGGGGUUGAAGCGAAAUUAUGGCUCUGAAAUGUGACAUCUGUCAGGCCGAGUUCCGGCGUGCGGAACAUCUCAACCGCCACGUUCUCCGCCAUCUCGGCAUACGCCCUUUUGCAUGUCCGACAUGUGCCGCCAGCUUUGCCCGAAGAGACUCACUUCAGCGCCACAUGCAAAGUCAUGCAGAGGUUAAUUCUCCACCAUCAGGCUCCGAUACGCCAAAGAGGGCCCGCAGAUCUUGUGUUUCUAAAGCCUGCCGACAUUGUGCCCGCUCGAAGCAGCGUUGUGACGGGGGCAACCCCUGCGCUAGAUGUCAAUCCAAGAAUCGGUCUUGCGUUUAUACAACUGACAACCAACGAAACACCGAUUCCUCAAAUGAACAGGAGGCUCGAGAAUUUGAUACUGCGGAAGCACCCCCGGAGUCCUCUUCCCCGGUUGCCCUCAACCAAACCGCAAUAAUCGACAGAAGCGAAGCUUUUCCGGAAACUCCAUUCCAUGCCUUACAGGAAUAUGCGUCCCAAGCGUCAGUCCCAGAUGUCAGAGAUGAUUUCCAAGCUGCUCUCUGGACUCAAGAUGGACUCCAAUUGGAGCUGGAUCCGCUCUUGUGCACGCCAAGCCAAUGGUGCUUUCCAUAUUCGGCAACUAAUGCAUGGCUGAGCUGGGAUGACUUCCUGAGCAAUGAGUUGACGACACAACAAAGCGCCAGGGUCACUUCCAUGGCCGGCGAAAGAGUUUUGCGGGCUCAGCUUAUCUCAGAUCAGACAUCUGACGAAAGGGCAGAACAGAGUCGAACGAUCGAUAUAGAUUCCAUGGGUGCAGAAGUGGAUGGAGCUGUGCUAGAAACAGCUGUUCAAAAACCUACACCUACUUCUCUAUUAUCAGAGGAUACACCGCGAGCAAUUUUUACCAAUCACUCCCAACUUUCUUCCACUUUUGCAAAUGCCUUUGAGCGACCAUCAGCUUUCAGUCGGGAUUAUGGUGACUCCACAGAGGCAGAACAAAGUCGAAGCCGACGAAAAAAGCACUUCGUCACCCAAGGCCUUGAAGAUAUCAGUCGAGUUGCAGAUACUUCAUUCAUUAGUGAAGGUAUCGAUGAAAAUGAGCAGGACUGGGAUAUCGAAGACUACGGUCAUGUUCCGACCUUAAGCCCACACGCUUACUCGAUCCUCGAAACUCAGUUUGAGAAGCUGAAUGCAGACACAGACUAUUGCAAAGCAUUUACGGAUAAGCCAUUUCCAAGUAAAGAAGCUAUCGAUGUCUUCAUACAAUCUCAUUUCGAACUUUACCACCCAGUAUGGCCUUUCCUCCAUCAACAAACCUUCGACCCAGAACGAGUUCAUUGGAUUCUCCUUCUCGCGGUCGCGGCGACGGGGUGCGGGUUCUCGAAGUUUGGCACACUGAGUGAUUCUUUCCUCUUGCAAGAACUUUUGAGGCGCUCGAUCAAUCUUUGUCUAGACCUUGAUCCCGAACCGGACCCGUCUUCGGAACUGUAUCUGACACAGUCCGUUUUACUCAGUCAGAUCGGCUUGAUGUUUUCUGGAAGCAUGUCUUUCACUGAACACGCCCAAAGAAACAUGUCUUUACUUGCAACACUUUGCCGACGAGCAGGCUUCUUUAGCGAAGCCCCGUCACAUUCUGUCGACUUUACACCGCAACCAGCGAAUUGGCAGAGAUGGAUUCGCAUGGAAAGCAAGAGAAGGCUUGUACAUCUAUCAUGGAUGUUGGACGGUCAGCUGGGCUUGUUCUUUGACUUGCCUCCAACCAUACCAACAGAUCUUCUACUACUUCCACUGCCAUGUGAAGACAUACUUUGGAGAUCAGAUUCUGCAGAAUCAUGGGCCGAUCAAGCUUCAAGAUCACCAUACUUGGUCAAUAGUAGGCUUCUUCAAGAAUAUCUUACGCGUUUUCGGUGUGAUGAAAAGGUCCCAGAAGGACUGAGUAGCUUGAACAGGCUCUUUCUCACUCUCGCCUUAUACCGAGACUCGACAAACAAUCAAGACACUAUGCGCUACCUAGCGAUUCUGCGAGGCGGUGAAAACGCUCAGCUUCCGACCGACGACAUUGACAGGAUUGCACUCCAGCAUAACCACGCUUUCAGCCUCCUUAUACAUAUGCCUCUACGAGUACUAACUGCGUUCUCAGGCUGGGGUGUUAGUAGUGAAGUUCGAGAGGCUGCAGACCGGAGGCUUCGCAUGUGGCUCCACCAAAACCAGGGAAAGGCGAGAAUCAUCAUCUACCACGCCGCAAGGUUGUUUUCCCAUAUUCGGAACCAUUCUACACCUGGGCACCAUGAGGUUAAUGCCCUGCUGUGUGCUACACUCUCCAUGUGGAUUCAUACUCUUUUCGAUUGUCACCAAACAGGCUCUUGGAGGACUCUUCGCCUUGACAAACUAAAUGGUCAAAAUAACUUAGAUGAGUGGCUCUCUGGAGAGCCCGGAUUCCGGCUGUAUGUAGCAGGUAUCGGGGAUUUGGGUGAAAAACGAGCAUCCGACCGCUUACUACAAGAGAGCGUACGGAUGUUGUCGCAGAAGUCAGGCUGGUCUCUAGGUUUAGCUGUGAGCCUGGUUAUAAGAGCGCAAUGGAAAUCAAAUCGAGGAACGCGAUGAUUGACAAUAUUUUGCUUCAGGCUUUCCUGCCUGGCUUUUGGUAGAAGAGAUCUCUUCAUUGCUGGCAGGUAGCUCUUGUAUAGCUAGGUGGCAAUUUUAGAUAUAUCAGAUCUUUGGAGGCUUUCCUCUAUCA